AUUGUGCGGAUUGUCAACAGAAGCCACGUGACAUUAUGCCACCGAGGUGCCGGCUGCAAGAGCUCCUUUUCGGGCAGGUUUACGAAGGGUUCAAGGCCUUUCGAUACGAGAUACUCCCAUUGCCGUGGAAGCCGACGCACCCCUAUAACGACCAGCACACUAACCACCUGUUCCGUCCACUUUCCGGCGUUUACAAAGGCUCAAGACGCGAUGGCGGCUGAAGGCGCCGAUAACCUGUCGGCUGUGCUCUACAAAAAAGACGAUCUUCGUUUGGAGCAGAGGCCUGUUCCCGAGCCCGGAGAUAACGACGUGCAGAUCCGGGUUCAUUCGGUGGGCAUCUGCGGCUCGGACGUGCACUACUGGGUCCACGGCAACAUCGGCAACUUCGUCGUCCGCGAACCCAUGGUGCUGGGCCACGAGACGAGCGGCACAGUCUCCAAAGUGGGCAAGAACGUCAAGCACCUCAAGCCAGGUGACCGCGUGGCCAUCGAGCCCGGGGUGCCCUGCCGCUACUGCGAGUUCUGCAAGACGGGCCGCUACAACCUGUGCCCGGACGUCUUCUUCUGCGCCACUCCGCCCGACCAUGGCACCCUCACCAGAUACUACACACACCCUGCCGACUUCUGCUUCAAGUUGCCGGACCACGUGUCCUUCGAAGAGGGGGCCCUCCUUGAGCCGCUCUCUGUGGGAGUCCACGCUUGUCGCAGGUCCCACCUGAGCCUUGGCCAGACGGUGCUUAUCUGCGGAGCAGGGCCCAUUGGUUUGGUCUGCCUUCUGACUGCCCAGGCCAUGGGAGCCAGCAAAGUGGUCAUCACAGAUAUUGUGGACAACAGGCUGGAGAGGGCUGUCCAGCUAGGCGCCAGCAGUGCCAUCAACGUGGCCGCCAAGUCAGUGGACGACAUCAAGAGGGAGAUAGUGAACGCUCUCGGCGACCUUCCGGACGUCUCCAUUGAGUGCACCGGAGCCGAAGCCAGCAUCCAGAUCGGAAUGUUGGGAACCAAGUCCGGCGGGACGUUGGUCCUUGUCGGCCUGGGGCCCAACGAGGUGAAGGUGCCACUUGUGGACGCCGCCGUCCGGGAAAUCGACAUCCGCGGGAUCUUCCGAUACGUCAACUGCUACCCAACGGCCCUGGCCAUGGUUGCGUCCGGCAAAGUGGACGUGAGGUCUCUGGUGACGCAUCGCUUCAGGCUGGAGUCUGCCGCAGACGCCUUCAGGGUUGCCAAGACGGGAGAGGGAGGGGCCAUCAAGGUCAUGAUUCAGUGCGACAACUGAGCACGGCCCGAGUGGCCGGUCGGCCGUUUGCCGAUUUCGCCGGUUUGGCCGUUUCCUCGAUUGCACUGUUCUGCUAGGGCCUCUGCUUUGUUUCGUACUAACCCGGAAGCCAUUUCUUUUCUAUGAAAUGUCGUGCCUCUUGUAAGACUGUGAUAUGUCUGUGCCUUUUGUAAGACAUGUCUGACAGCUUGGUGCACUAGCACCAUUUUGUUACGAUUGACAGAGCGGAGUGCUUUGUGCCUUAGGGGUGUAAUGCGACUGAGGGGAUAAAAUAGCUUUUUUAAAGAAAAGCAUAAUUUCUCUUCUGACGACUUUUAGGCCUCUUUAGAAAAAUUCUGAAUCAAGCGAUUGAUUGCAUUGUAACCAUAAUGAACUCGAUGGAAGUAUUUACCUAAGAAAGAUUGAGUCCGUGGAAGCAUUGCAUCUAUAAUAAAUAGACUUACCUGUAAUAAAUAGACUUACCUGCAAUGGG